AGCAGCUGAUUUGGAAGGAUUUGAUUCUUUGAUUGUUCUAGUCGUCGUUGGCUGAUUGGGAAUGGCGUGAGCGUUGGGUUUGGAAAUUUGAGUCGGUGUUAAGAGACUGAAUUGAAAUGGACCCAAAUGACAAGUUCUCGACCGAUCCGGUACCGGUCGACCCGUCGGAACCGGCGGUGCCGGUCUCGUACCCGAUCAAGACGCUCGAAGAGCUCGAGUCGAGAUCGUACUUCAACUCCUUCCACUUCCCGUUCAACAAAGCUUCGGUGAGUCUUCCGCCGGCCGGCAAUGGCCCCUUGGCUGAUCGUCCGAGGAUCCUGGUGUGCCAUGACUUGUCCGGAGGGUAUUCGGACGAUAGGUGGGUGCAAGGAGGGGCCAACGCCGAUGCCUACGCCAUAUGGCACUGGUACUUGACCGAUGUCUUCGUCUAUUUCUCGCACAAUUUGGUUACUCUCCCGCCGCCUUGCUGGACUAAUACCGGCCACAAGCACGGGGUCAAGGUAUUGGGGACUUUCAUCGCGGAAUGGGACGAAGGGAGAGUUAUUGCUGCUAAACUAGUUUCGACAAAGGAAAAUGCUCAAAUGUAUGCUGAGCGCUUGGCAGAGCUGGCUAUUGCUUUGGGAUUUGAUGGCUGGCUGUUGAAUAUGGAGGUCAGUUUUGAUGUGGGGCUAAUUCCUAAUUUGAAAGAAUUUGUCAGCCAUUUGACCAAUACCAUGCACUCAUUGAUGCCUGGAUCUCUAGUUAUUUGGUAUGACAGUGUUACUGUUGAUGGCAAUCUUUGCUGGCAAAAUCAACUAAAUGAAAGCAACAAGCCUUUUUUUGAUAUAUGUGAUGGAAUAUAUGUAAAUUAUUCGUGGAAGGAAGACUAUCCAAAACUUUCAGCUGAUGUUGCUGGUGACAGAAAGCAUGAUGUUUAUAUGGGCAUUGAUGUUUUUGGGAGGGGCACUUAUGGCGGUGGAGGGUGGGAUACCAAUGUGGCACUUGAUGUACUAAAGAAAGAUGACGUAUCAGCUUCCAUAUUUGCUCCUGGAUGGAUAUAUGAGACUAAGCAACCACCUGAUUUUCAGACUGCUCAGAAUCGUUGGUGGGGUCUUGUUGAGAAAUCAUGGGGCAUAUCACAGAAUCACCCCCAAGUUUUACCAUUCUACUCAAACUUUGAUCAGGGCCAUGGUUACCACUUUGCUAUAGAGGGAGGGCAAGUAUCAAGUUCUCCUUGGAACAAUAUUUCCUCCCAAGGUUCUCAGCCUUUCCUUGAGAUCUCUGGAGACCUUUCUGCAAAGUCAAUUCAAGUCCUUGUUGAUUUCAAGGAAGCAUCUUAUAGCGGAGGAGGGAACAUCACAUUCAAAGGAAUUCUUGAAGAUAAUGCAUAUUUCACAACAUGCCUCUUUAAGUCAGAGCUGUUUUGGGGGGAUUUACCAGUUCAUUUUACAUAUUCUGUGAAAUCAGAUGAGAGCUCUCUGAUUGGCCUUUAUCUUGAAUUUUCUUCCGACAUGAAAGAGAAAAAAUCAGUACUUCUUGCAUCCUUGGGAAAGGCUGCUCUAACCAUGAAAGAGAUCUCAAGCAAAUUCACUGAAGUCAUUGAGCCUUCUCGAGUUACAAUGCCAGAAGCAGGGCCAGGAUGGGUCGUACAGGAGAGUAGUAUUGCAAUGAAUGGAUACACAUUAACAGGAAUUCAUGCCAUGUGCUAUAGAUCAAAGUCUGAAAAUGAACUGAGAUUGAAAUCUUCCUUGGCUCCAAGUCCAACAGAUUAUUUUGCCAUUCUUGGAGACAUCACUGUCAAAACAUCUGCUCAGAGCUCAAAUUUCCCACCAUCUACUUCAUGGUUGGUCGAGGGUCAAUACAUCAAGUGGAGUUCAGGUUCUCAGGGGUCCAAGACCCUUAGUGUCAAAGUCGUGUGGAGUUUGAAAGAUGGAGAUGCUUCUCUGUUCCCCAAGUACAAUAUUUUUGUUGAAAGACUAGCAAAUCAAGAGGUCAGAGAGCCAAUGCAGACACUUUCAGGGGAAAAAGAGUAUCUGGGGGUGGCAUUUGUCAAAGCCUUUUAUGUUUCUGAUCUUGCAGUUCCUCCCGAGACCUCAAACCUCAAAUUCAUCAUCCAGGUCUGUGGUGCUGAUGGGGCUUGUCAGAAGGUAGAUGAUUCUCCAUCUUUUCUCUUGCCUGCUGAAGGUUAUCGGGCCCAGCUGGCUCUGCUUGCAUCUGGAUGCAAAGCAUCUCUGCUUGAGCCACAGCAAGCUGCAUUUUCAGCUGAGAAACCUGGUUUUGCAGAAAUAGGGAGGGGAAGAAGAGACCUGCAAGAUUUUGCCAACAUUGCUAGCACCAAAGACCUUGUGAACAGUGGCAAACUUGUGGGUAUCAUCCGAAGGGAAGUAAGGAGCAAAUAUGCAGUCCUUGGAGCAUCGGCGUCGCAAAAAAUGCUUCUCAAGGCUUCCCCGGCUUUCUCGAUCUUGAACUCACAGCGAGACAAUCCGAACCCCUUCGGCUGCUCCGCUCGAGCCAAACCCAGAAACGGGCUCGUGUUUUGCGCCUCCAAAGGCGCCAACAGCCGGGCCCUCACCGGCGUGGUGUUCCAACCGUUCGAAGAGGUCAAGAAGGAGCUCAUGCUCGUCCCUAGCGCCCCUCAAGUCUCUCUCGCUCGCCAGAAGUACGUUGACGAGUCCGAAGCCGCCCUCAACGAACAGAUCAACGUUGAGUACAACAUGUCAUAUGUAUACCAUGCUUUGUAUGCCUACUUCGAUCGAGACAAUGUUGCUCUCAAGGGUCUGGCAAAGUUUUUCAAGGAAUCAAGUCAAGAGGAAAGAGAGCAUGCCGAGAAGUUGAUGGAGUAUCAGAACAAACGGGGUGGAAGGGUGAAGCUGCAAUGCAUGUUGAUGCCAUCGUCUGAGUUUGACCAUGCCGAGAAAGGAGAUGCAUUGUACGCAAUGGAGCUUGCACUGUCAUUGGAGAAGUUGACAAAUGAAAAGCUUCUAAACUUGCACGCUGUAGCAUCGCAGAAGAAUGAUGUACACUUGAUUGAUUUCAUCGAAAGUGAAUUCUUAAGUGAACAGGUGGAAGCCAUUAGGAAGAUCUCAGAAUAUGUUGCUCAGCUAAGAAGAGUGGGCAAAGGACAUGGAGUUUGGCACUUCGAUCAGAUGCUCUUACACGAGGAAGAAGAAGUUGUGGCAUGAUUAUGAAUGAAUCUGGUCUUGGUUCCCUUCUAUUUGUCAACUUGUAAGAUGUCUAGUGCUGUCUGUUGGGGUUGCGAUUUUGACUGGGAGAAGUCUCUUUUUAAGUAUGGCUAGAUGAUGCAGGUUGUUUUGUGGGUAGAUGGACAAGUAUGCUAGACGAACCAUUUUCAAGUAUCCAUGCUGUGUACAAGAAAUCAAAUUUACUUUUUUUUGAGUCCCUUUAUUAAUUAAAUUAACCUUUUUUAAAGGUGAAAAUAA